GCGAGCCCAUUCAUCUGUGCACUUGGGCGUUGGACCCCGCAUCUUAUUAGCAACCAGGGAGAUUUCUCCAUUUUCCUCUUGUCUACAGUGCGGCUACAAAUCUGGGAUUUUUUUAUUACUUCUUUUUUUUAAAAAACUACACUUGGGCUCCUUUUUUUGUGCUCGACUUUUCCACCCUUUUCCCCUCCCUCCUGCGCUGCUGCUUUUUGAUCUCUACGACUAAAAUUUUUUUAUCCGGCGUGUAUUUAAUCGGUUCUGUUCUGUCCUCUUCACCACCCCCACUCCCCCCUCCCUCCGGUGUGUGUGCUGCUGCUGCCGCCGCUGCUGCUGCCGCUGCUGCUGCCGCUUGCCCCGUCGUUACACCAACCCGAAGCUCUUUGUUCCCCCCUUGGAUCUGUUGAGUUUCUUUGUUGAAGAAGCCAGCAUGGGUGCCCAGUUCUCCAAGACCGCGGCGAAGGGAGAAGCCACCACGGAGAGGCCCGGGGAGGCGGCUGUGGCCUCGUCGCCUUCUAAAGCGAAUGGGCAGGAAAAUGGCCACGUGAAGGUAAACGGCGACGCUUCUCCCGCGGCCGCCGAGCCAGGCGCCAAGGAGGAGCUGCAGGCCAACGGCAGCGCCCCGGCUGCCGACAAGGAGGAGCCCGCGGCCGCCGGGAGCGGGGCGGCGUCGCCCGCCGCGGCCGAGAAGGAUGAGCCGGCCGCUGCUGCCCCCGACGCCGGGGCCAGCCCCGCGGAGAAGGAAGCCCCCGUGGAGGGCGAGGCCGCCGAGCCCGGCUCACCCACGGCCGCCGAGGGGGAGGCCGCCUCUGCCGCCUCCUCGACGUCUUCGCCGAAGGCUGAGGACGGGGCCACGCCCUCGCCCAGCAACGAGACCCCGAAAAAAAAAAAGAAGCGCUUUUCCUUCAAAAAGUCUUUCAAGCUGAGCGGCUUCUCCUUCAAGAAGAACAAGAAGGAGGCAGGAGAGGGCGGUGAGGCCGAAGGGGCCGCCGGCGCCUCCGCCGAAGGCGGCAAGGACGAGGCCUCUGGGGGCGCCGCUGCGGCCGCCGGCGAGGCGGGUGCGGCCCCCGGGGAGCCGGCAGCGGCGCCGGGCGAGGAGGCGGCCGCGGGCGAGGAGGGGGCGGCGGGGGGCGACCCGCAGGAGGCCAAGCCCGAGGAGGCUGCCGUCGCGCCCGAGAAGCCGCCCGCCAGCGAGGAGGCGAAGGCAGUCGAGGAGCCCAGCAAGGCCGAGGAGAAGGCAGAAGAGGCCGGGGCCAGCGCGGCCGGCUGCGAGGCGCCCUCGGCCGCCGGGCCCGGCGUGCCCCCAGAGCAGGAGGCGGCCCCCGCGGAGGAGGCGGCGGCCGCCCCGGCGUCGUCAGCCUGCGCAGCCCCCUCACAGGAGGCCCAGCCCGAGUGCAGUCCAGAAGCGCCCCCAGCGGAGGCAGCCGAGUAAAAGGGCAAGAUUUUUUGAGAUAAUCGAAGAACUUUUCUCCCCCCGGUUUGUUUGUUGGAGUGGUGCCAGGUACUGGUUUUGGAGAACUUGUCUACAACCAGGGAUUGAUUUUAAAGAUGUCUUUUUUUAUUUUACUUUUUUUUAAACAACAAAUUUUGUUUUUAACCCACUCCCCACAGAUCCCAUCUCAGAUCAUUCUGUUACCACCAUUCCAACAGGUCGAGGAGAGCUUAAAUACCUUCCUCUGCCUUGUCUCUUUUAUUUUUAUUUUUUGCAUCAGUAUUAAUGUUUUUUGCAUACUUUGCAUCUUUAUUCAAAAUUGUAAACUUUCUUUGUCAAUCUAUGGACAUGCCCAUAUAUGAAGGAGAUGGGUGGGUCAAAAAGGGAUAUCAGAUGAAGUGAUAGGGUCCACCAUGGAGAAAUUUAAGUGGUGCAUAGCAUUGCCAAGAUAAUGUACCACUAGAAAUGAUAGUGUAAAGGCUUAGUCUUUUUUUUUUUUUUAAGAAAAGUUAUUACGAUGUAUUUUGUGAGGCAGGUUUACAACACUACAAGUCUUGACUAAGAAGGAAAGAAAAAAAAAAAACACCGAUACCCAGAUUUUUAAAAAGAUCAUAGUCUUAGGAGUUCAUUUAAACCAUAGGAACUUUUCACUUAUCUCAUGUUAGCUGUACCAGUCAGUGAUUAAGUAGAACUACAAGUUGUAUAGGCUUUAUUGUUUAUUGCUGGUUUAUGACCUUAAUAAAGUGUAAUUAUGUAUUACCAGCAGGGUGUUUUUAACUGUGACUAUUGUAUAAAAACAAAUCUUGAUAUCCAGAAGCACAUGAAGUUUGCAACUUUCCACCCUGCCCAUUUUUGUAAAACUGCAGUCAUCUUGGACCUUUUAAACACAAAUUUUAAACUCAACCAAGCUGUGAUAAGUGGAAUGGUUACUGUUUAUACUGUGGUAUGUUUUUGAUUACAGCAGACAAUGCUUUCUUUUCCAGUCGUCUUUGAGAAUAAGGAAAAAAUCUUCAGAUGCAAUGGUUUUGUGUAGCAUCUUGUCUAUCAUGUUUUGUAAAUACUGGAGAAGCUUUGACCAAUUUGACUUAGAGAUGGAAUGUAACUUUGCUUACAAAAAUUGCUAUUAAACUCCUGCUUAAGGUGUUCUAAUUUUCUGUGAGCACACUAAAAGCGAAAAAUAAAUGUGAAUAAAAUGUA